AGUCCACCGGCUGUAGGGGAGACCGGUCGAGUUAAUUGGGGUUUAGCAUGAUUACAUGGAUUGACUUGCUGUAUAGUUAACAGUAAAACAUUAUUUGUUUGUAGAUUUCAUCACCUUGACAGCGGUAUGUCUUACCCACAGUCUCCCAAAAAGACAGGACUGCCGAGAGAAGUGGUGAAAUGGCUGCAGAGCCUCGACCUGUCAUUUUAUCCGAAGAAUGUGCGCAGAGAUUUUUCCAAUGGUUUCCUUGUCGCAGAGAUAUUGUCUCGUUAUUACUCCCACAAUUUUCCAAUACAUUCAUAUGACAAAGGAACUUCACUUUCUGCCAAACAGAGGAACUGGAGCCAAAUAGAGAAGUCUCUACAGAAGCAGAAUCUGCACUUAAUGAAAGAAGUCAUUGAUGGAGUCAUCCACUGUAAACCAGGAGCAGCUGAAUUGUUGGUGCAGGAGGUUUAUACUGUCUUAACUAACCGGAGCAUCAGAGAAGUUCAACGCCCAAUGUCAGACUUCACUGACCAAGAGUACCAGGAGCUUCUGCCCACAGUGGCACGUUCCACGGCCUCCAAGGCCAUCAAGAACAACCUGAGGAUAACGGAGAUCAUGGCCGAGCCCGACAUUAGCACAAACCAGAGGAAGGCAGAAAUGAUCCUCCACAGGCACCUGGAGCACAAGGCUGCAGAGAGGAUACUCAACCCCGGGCGUUUUAAAGUGAAGCCUAAUCUGGGUCGGCUGGCAGCCAAAAAUCUUCUGUCAUCCAGUGGCUGUGAUGAGUGCUUUGCUUCAUAUGGAGACACUACAGCAAAGUUGUGCUCCUCAUCGACGUGGAGAGGAGCUGCUGUUUCCUUCAAGGAGAUAAAGGUGCACCAGCCUGUCAGACGCUCACUGGUUAACUAGUAAAGGAGCUGGAUGGAGCUCUGUGCUCUGUUAUUAUAUUGUGUGUGUGUCACUUAAUGUAUUGAUGUGUCACAGUUCUUCAGAGCAUAGCCUAUUUUAACUCUUGUGCCUCACAAGUAUAAACUGGAGUAAAAUUUGUUUUGAAAGACAGACAACGUCACUGUUUGUUAUGGCUUAUGUAAUGUCACUGUGCCUCCACCAUCAUGUCUGGGCUAUGCCAGUUUGUACCAGUAGGUGGGAGCAUUGAGUCAUGAGCAGAGUUCUCCUCUAUGUCUUUUAGACUAACACCCACUGCUGUAGGUGUACCAUUGACAAAAGAGGAAAUAAAUCAGUGUGUGCAGCCGAAAC